GCCCCUGCUUCCCCGGUCCCCGAUUUCACCUCCUCAAAACUGGCAGGCGCAUACCCCACGCCCCCACCCAGCCCUCUCUUUGACGAGCUACAGCUCUCUCAACCUCAAGACUCUCAAUUCUCCUCCUCGCAGUCUUCCAGGUCACCCAGGCGCACCUCUUCCCUCCCCUCCCUGCGCCCUCCCUCCCUCCCCCACCGGCCACUGCGCCGUGCCCCGUCCGCGCCCAACCUCCGCUUCUCCUCAGAGGCCUUCCGUCUCCUCACCCCGCCGGGCAUUCUUGCCGUUCUCGGCGGCGCGCGUGUUCUCUGUGUCGACGCCACCAGUGUUCUCGAUAGGAUGCCUUACUCGCCCUCGCACGCGUUCACUACAUUCUCGGCUCGCGCCAUGGGCCUCGCCGAGGCGGCAGACACUGAGCGUAUAGACACUCCAACUUUGGCAGAAGCAAAGCGCGUCGACACUGGUGCCCUCGACUUGCGCCGCGCGCAGUCUGAGACAGACGUUGCCACUGUCGCAGUCGCUCCACCUCCUGCGCCCGCAGCCGCAGAAAACAGCAAGCCGUCCGUCCGCUCUGUCUCCAUCCCGGCUCCCAUACUCGUGCAUCCUCCCACCCCCACACGCGAUCUCCCCCCACCAGAGACUCCGCCUCCCGUCGCACACACUACCAAGACCUAUGUUCCCGACUCGGCUGCUUCGUCAUCUCGCUCCUCCCCAUAUACCUCUCCUCGCGGAUCCUCGUCUUCUGUCCCCACCACUUCCUCUCUUGGCAUCACGAUUCACUCCAACGUCCUACCCGAGGUUCGUUCUCCUCGCAGAACUCCCGCCGAACCUACAAUGACUGUCAACAAUCACCGCCGGUCCCGUCGUCCUCGUCUCUUUGGGUUCACUGGGAUUGAGCACCCAACACAAGGCAGCAGCGCUGUGACAUCCCCCGAGUCGUCAGUCAACACCAUGGGUGCCAUCCCUCGUCGCAGCACUCCCCAGCGCACUAAAAGCGACACUUCCCUUUACACUCUUGGUCAUGCUAGCCAGGCCUCCAAGGAGAAGAAGGAGGCCAAGGAGCCCCAGGAGCCCAUCAUCCACUCGAGACCUCGUCGCGACACCGGCCUCAAGCUCGAUCUCAAGGGCAUUGUCCCCGAACCCGUGCACAGCACUCCCGUGUCCGCAGGCGCGAUCCUCCCUCAUCGCAUUGUCCGCAAGAAGAGUGGCGAGGUUGUCCGUUCUGCUCUCAAACCAUCUGGCCCUCUCCUCCCCAACGGCACGCCCACGCCUACCACUGACAAGGCGCGGGCCAUGUGGGAAUCGAGAUCCUGCCCAACUACACCCAGCUGCCCCAAGUAUGUCCAUUUCGAUAGCCAGUUGGAGCGGGUCAAGCUCUUCCUUCAGGACCAGAAGCCACAGGUUGUAUCGCGCCAAGGAUCGCCCGACUACUCGGACCAAGAGUCAGAGGAGGAGAGGGAGAUUGAAAAGGUCCUCGAGAUCAAGCUACCUAAUUUCCCGACAUCGCACCCCUUCGAGUCGGACAUGUAUCUCGAGUCCCUCUUCCUCAACGACAACCGCGAUGCACUUCGCGGUGUUGUUGUGGUUCGUAACUACUCCUUCCAGAAGUGGGUUGCCGUGCGCUUCACCUUCGACUGGUGGCAAACCACUUCCGAGGUCUCGGCGUCCUAUCAGGACAGCAUUCGCGGCGGCACCUUUGACCGCUUCACCUUCAACAUCAAGCUUAGUGACAUUCUCGAGCGGAUUGAGGAGAAGACUCUCUUCCUUUGCGUGCGCUACAACACGGACGGCCGAGAACUUUGGGAUUCCAAUGGCGGCGAGAACUACCAGGUUCUCUUUGAGCGCAAGACCCGGAUGACGCCUCGAUACGGACCCAAGCGUACCAAGAAUAUGCCCAAGAGCCGCAAUGCCAACGCCUGGAGCACCACCUCCGCCCAGACCGAUGGAAUGGCCGACCUCCGCGCGAGACUCAACCGUCUUACCGCCGAGGAUGCCGCCCUCACCGCCCCCAUUCCUCGUUCCUCGAAGCCUCGCUUCUCGUCCCCUGCGCGCGGCGGCUCCCCUCACGUGUCGCCUCGCAAGCCGCGCUCAUCUGGGCCCGCCACGCCCGACGCCGUCGAGCUCCCCCCCGACCUCGGCAACCGCUACGACUUUGGCUCCGCUCUCAAGUCGAGCCUCAAGCUCUCCCCGACAAUGCGCGGUCGCGAGCUGCAGCCUGAGCGUCACGGCUCUGGUGACUUUUACUCGCCGCGUCCGGCUUUCCUCCUCGGUACCGGCCCAUCCUCUCCUCUCGCAGGUCUUCCUCGAUCGCCGCUGUCCUCUAGCGACUCUCCCUCCUCGCCCGCCUCUCCUCUUCCCUUCACCGGCGUCGUGUCCCCUCUUGCCGGACCGGGCACCACUCUUCCCGCCCUCGGCAGCGGACACUCUUCGUCCACGUCCUCCCUAUCUUCGGUCAACAGUAUCAUGGCAACCCCUGCGGAUUCUCCGGCUUCCACUCGCUCCAAGGUCGUCGUUGAGCCGCCCCAGGAGUCGCCAUCGCCGUCGCCCUCACCGUUGUCGUCGACUGAUUCUCCACUAUCCCCGCUUGAUGUUCUGCCAUGGAUGAAGUCUGGGGACGAGGAUAUGUCGCGCUCAUCUUACUCGACCUUUAUCGAGCAGUUCUGCUGGGGCGGCGCCUCUGCCACGCCCACGCCCGAGACGACGACCUCGGACACAGCCGACAUUCGCCGAAUUCACUCGACAUCUUCGCUCGACUACUUUGGAUCAGCCGCGGCGCCGGAUCUUACGCCUCGCGCUUUUACCCCCACCGCCGGUCUCAGUCGCAGCACGAGUGCGACGGAGGUUUCGAGCAGCACCGCUACACCCCUCCACUCGCGCGCAUCUCCCCCGACGCGUGCGGACCUCGAGCACGUCGACAGUGCAAUUCGCUCUCUCUCGAGCUCGCUUCAGAGCACUCCCGUCGAAGGGUCGCCUGUCCUUGGCGCUGCUGCCAUGACCCGCAUUCCAAGCGGCAACACCGUGCUCGCUCUUUAAACUGUCACGCAUAUGAGUCGUGCAUCAACACUAGGCGCCUCCACGGACGCUUCUUUAAACCGCCUCACCAUACCUCUCUCUACGCCCUGCAUUCAUUGCGGCCUGUCAUACCCCCUCUCCCCACCGCCAUUCCUCCACUCCUCUCAACAGUUCGGAGAAGGUUGUAUUUGCUAGUCUUUACGCACGAGGAGUGCGUUGUCUCCACCAUCACCUACCAUAUCAACGGUCUCUCACCUCCAUAGAGUGCUCAUAUGCAUACCAAUCAUUCGGGAAAAGUC